AAUCGCAUUAUUUCGGUGUUCAUCGCCGCCAAGCUCGUUUUGCUAGAAUAGCCGAUUUAAUUGAAAGUAUUGUUUCUACAUUAUUUAUCAUUUAGGACAGUUUAUAUGUAUUAACCAAAAUGUAUUUUACUUUCCUGUUUAUUCGACAAUGACUUUGGACUGUGCACAUACGAAGGAUUGUCGAACUGUUUAUUUGUUUACAACUUCGGAACAGAGUUCCGAUAUUUCAAUGGACGCCAUUUUGUCAUUGGGAUUUUAAAGAAUUUGAGAACUUCGGGAAAAGUAGCCACGGACACAGCAAUCCUCUAAGGGCACUGAGGUAGCCGUGGUAUAAUCUUCGAAGUCAGCUCGAUAUUUUGGACAUUUCACGAUGGCAAAUUCCAACACGACCCUGGCUAGUUUGUGGGUCGACGAUGUACAAGUUAGUCCAGUGAAGGUCAUGCCUAGUACUCCAGGAAAAGCUGCAGGUAACGGGACAGAGAUCCGGCAAGACAUUGUGCGGUUUUACAAAGACAGUGGAUUGGAACCAGUUGCUAAAGAGGUGGGACUACUUGAUUCAAAUGGUGACAUUGCUGGUUUUCAAACACAGACUGUCCAAAGUGCUGGAAAAGCUGUGCAGUUAGUUGCAGUGCCAAUAUCUACAACAUCACCUGCAAAAAUGUCUCCAUUCAAAGAACACACAAUUCUUCCAAAGCAGUUUACUGCCCAGCAGUUAAUACAGCAAGUGACCAGCCCCAGACAGCCCAUGAUUCCCAUAGAUGUUACCUGGAGAUCAGGGGCCCAAAAGAGGGCCUCCGAAUUCACAAUAGAGCCAGAUGAUGGCUUUGGGAAACGAGGAAAGAAAGGAGAAAAAGGUGGGAAAGGAUUACGUCACUUCUCAAUGAAAGUAUGUGAAAAGGUUCAAAGAAAAGGAGUGACAUCAUACAAUGAAGUGGCAGAUGAACUGGUUACAGAAUUCAGUGAUCCGCGAAAUUUGGCCUCCCCCUCAGACCAGGCCUAUGAUCAGAAGAAUAUCAGGAGACGUGUCUAUGAUGCCCUUAAUGUGCUGAUGGCCAUGAACAUAAUAUCUAAAGAAAAGAAAGAAAUUAAAUGGAUAGGAUUGCCUACUAACUCAGCACAAGAAUGUCAAAAUUUAGAGAUAGAAAAACAGAAGAGACUUGAAAGAAUCAAACACAAAACGCAACAGCUCCAAGAACUCAUUCUGCAGCAAAUAGCUUUCAAAAACCUAGUGCAGAGAAACCGAGAGCUAGGGAAAACACAGGGCCCUCCUCCUCAGAACUCGGCCAUACAGCUGCCAUUUAUCAUCGUCAACACCAGUAAAAAGACGGUCAUAGACUGCUCCAUAUCAAACGACAAAUAUGAAUAUUUAUUUAACUUUGACAACACUUUUGAAAUUCAUGAUGAUAUUGAGGUGUUGAAGAGGAUGGGUAUGGCUCUUAAUUUGGAAAAGGGCCAGUGCACCACUCAAGAUGUAAACAAAGCUGUUAAAAUGGUCCCCAAAGCUUUAGAACCUUAUGUGAUAGACUUAGCCAAUGGUGGAAUGGCAAACUCUGGUCCCAGUGGUAUCCGACCUAUGUCAGCAGAGGAAGGAUCUUCCAGAUACAAAGUACCUGCUCAACCUUCCGUCCAAUCCUCGGGCAGCAACAGCAACGACAAUAUGGACAUUGAGGUGGCCAAUAUUUAUUCACAGGACUCUAACAUGGGCUCUCAUUCAGACAUGCAUUCGAGGGCCACAGAGACCCCCUCUGAGGACUUCUCAGACGAUAGUGACACGGACAGGUCCAGUCCUGUAGACAUGAGUUAAUGAAAUUGUGUCAAGUGUGGAAAAGGAUGUGGCUCAAAAAAAGAAAAUCUGAUCAAAAGUGACAGAUUCCAUUUCAACAACACGUGUGGAAAAGCUGUUUUCUGUCAAAUGUCGAAAAGCUGUUAUUCUGUCAAAUUUGAUGGAACGGUCGUUAAUUCUGAAGUUGUGUAUGAUAUAGAGAGAAAGCUUGAUCUGUGCCCAUAUUGGGCUACAGGCAAGAAAUGGCAGCAACCCAACUACCUGCGAAAAGCAGUCUUCAAUAUUUCAGAGACAAAGAGUUGCAUCAUGGUUCUAUGGCCUAAUCAUGGGUUCAUUCUGUUGUUAAAAGUGGACUUCAUAAAUUGACAAACUUUGACAUGUAUAACCACUUGAAUUUGUCUGAUGUUCUUAACUUCUGAUGAUGAACUAGUAAUUACAUUAUUUCUUCUGGUAAUUACAUAAUUCAUUUAAGUGUGUAUGCAGUUUUUGUAUGCAUGAAAGUUGUGUGUAAUGAUUUUAUGAAGAUCAUGAUGUAGCCUUUUGAUUCUCAUGGAAAUCCCAAUUUUUGGAUAUUAAGCCUAGUGUGUUCUUUGUACAAUGAAUGUAUACCAUGGCACUUGUUUUGAAAGUAGCCAGGUUUGUGAAUCUAUAGUCUUCUUGAGGAGACUGGUUGAAUGGCAGGAGUAGAUACAUGUAAUAUGUAGUAGACAAACUGUGAUAAAAGGGAGUUUUUGAAAUGUGUGUUUUAAAGACAGGACUGUUUGUUCAUGCUUUGUGUUAGGUCAUGAGAAUGUUCAGACUUCAAAAAUAGUUUUCAAAAAGUCAUGAUUUAAAUAUUAAUUUACAAAAGAAAUUUCCUAUUUAGACUCAUUUUCGAAAUUUUCAUCUGCUAAAAGUAGAGGAGAACAAAAAAAAUCUCUCUCACCUUAUCCCCCUGUUAUCCUCCUUUACAUAUGUUCAGUAAGGAUAAUUUUUGCCGUUAAUUCAAGAAAAUCACUCUCAUGUAUGUUUUAUUGCUACUGGUUCCUAUUAUUCAUCUCUGUGGUAGUAAAUUCAUAUUGUAUUGAACUCAAAAAGAGCAAACUUUUUUUUCACAGUUUUUGCUUACAAUUUAAUUCAUUGUCAUUUAUAACAGAUUGCUAGAUAUGUACAGUGCCAUUCUUCUGUCAGAAGAAAGUCAUAGUUAUUUAGCAAGGUCUACACAAAGCAUUUAAAGUAGUAUAUCAGUAUGUGUUCAGUGAACUAAAAUUUCAGAAGAAAAAUUUAGUAUACACAUUUAACAAUUCAGCAGAAGUACAUAAACUGCCAAAUUGUACAAAAGUCUUAUCGAGUUCACUCAGCAUGUGGAAAAAAAAAAUUAUGUACUUUUUUACACAAUGUGAAUAAAGUGUUCCCAGGAAAGUGUUCGAGAUGCAUAGGAUGUUUUGGCAUCAGAUACAUUUUGUAAGUUAUUUAUGUUGUGUGCUCAUUAGUCCCCAUGUAACCUUAUAGAAGUGUCUGCAUGAAUUAUUCUUGUUACAUAAACCUUGUGUAUAUAACAUACAGGUAUCGUGCGCUAAGAUUUGUAAAUACAUGUAGAUGAAAAAAAUUAUAUAUACAUGUUAGUUACCACUACUUCUGUUAGAGGUAGGUCAUUAUGACUCAAACUGUCCAUAGUGCUGUGUUUUUUGAUUUUUAAUUCUUUAAUUAUUCUAGUUUCCUGACUGAGCAGUGGUUUGAUACUAACAUUUCAAUACUUUUCUCUCUGAAUAUUUAUGUUGAAUGAAGAUAGAUUUUUCUUUGAGCUAGAUUUCUGUAUCUGAUUCUGUUGUCCCUGCAUUUUUACAUAUAUAUUUCUAGCAAACAAAAGAAAAACCGGAAACUAACACCAUUGGGUUGAAAAUAUAAAAGAUCCCCAUGGGUGGAUACCAAAUAGCACUGUAGAUUCUCAAAUAUUUGUUGAAGAAUUAAAAAGCAUUACUCGCAGCAAAUUAAUUUAUAUGCCUUUUUUUGGUGCUGAAUUCCAUAUCAAUUAUCUUCAUUCAAAAACUCACAAAUUAUUGUUCGUGUGAUUUGAAGUCAAAGACCCAUUUCACUAUGUUAAGUAAUCAUGAAAAAUGAAUCUAUAGCAUUUAAUGGGGUCUUUUUCUAAAGUAUUAACUUGAAGACAUAAAACAGUUUACCAACACUUAGUUAGAAUCCAGCAGUAGAUUUAUUUUGUUAACAAAGUAAUUUCUUGGACAAAAUGAUACCUCUCUUCAAGAACUAGGAUUUAAUAAUUCUUUAACAUGUUUAAUGCAUAUGUGUAUAUAGAGGAACAAACACUGAUGUUUAAAAUACUGAUUAAUGUUUUAGGUUAAUUCAGCAGUGUGCAGUUUUUUUCUGUAGUGUUUGUUUUUAUUCUAUUAUUGCAUACCGGUAGAUUACUUGUAUUUUACAGAAGAGUAGAAAGAAAUUAUGGCACACAUUCAGUAGCUAAGUCAAGCUGUAUUUUUUUCUUGAUAGAGUCUGUGAUUGGGUAUACAUAUUGUACUUUUUUUUUAAUUUUUAGUUGCUGGUUGAUUCAGAGUACAUACAGUGUGUACAUGUAUUUGUUGCUAUAUUUUUAUCUUCAGGAACAAAUAUUCAGUACUAGUAGAUUUCAUUGAUCAUGCACAUGUAUUCCAAAAUUUUUACUGAAUGCAGAUACUUCAUCUUUCAAUAUGUACAUUCCCACACAGUUAUGUAAAGGAGAAAAUGCUAAAGUUAUCCAAUAAAUAUGGGUAUAUGCUCUUUAAAUUACACUCAAGAUUUUCUCACAUUAAGUACUUUAAACAUUUCAUCCGUAAGUUAAUAAGGCAGCUAAGGUGAAGAAAAAUAUCUAUUUUCAAUUGGUAGAAGUGAGAUAGCUAAAUGAAGGUAAAAUGAAGAAGAAUUUUAAGGAAUUGAGAAAUCAUUGUUGAACCAAUAUCUAUGCACUAAUUUCAUUGUGAAAACAGAAUCUAAUGUCGAGAAAUUCACUGUAAAACUCAAAUAAAACAAUGGAAGCGAAAAUUA